AUGGUUUGGGGGUUUGUUACUUGCGGCCCGAACGAGGCCUUGGUAGUAUCAGGAUGCUGCCACAUGAAGCCACUGUUGGUUCCCGGUGGGCGGGCUUUCGUUUGGCCAUCGAUUCAACGCGUGCAGAGAAUCUCACUCAACACCAUGACACUGCAGGUGGAAAGCCCGACCGUGUACACUAGCCAGGGUGUACCGAUUUCCGUAACCGGGAUCGCACAAGUGAAGAUCCAGGGCCAGAACGAGGAUAUGCUGCUGACUGCUUGCGAGCAGUUUCUCGGUAAACCGGAAGCCGAAAUUCAGCACAUUGCCCUUGUGACACUGGAGGGACAUCAGCGUGCCAUUAUGGGUUCGAUGACGGUCGAGGAGAUCUACAAGGAUCGCAAAAAAUUCUCGAAGCAGGUGUUCGAAGUCGCUUCGUCUGAUCUGGUAAACAUGGGUAUUACCGUAGUGUCCUACACGCUCAAGGAUAUUCGCGACGAGGAGGUAAGCCAAUCAAAAGGAUAUCUGAAAAGUCUCGGUAUGGCCCGUACGGCGGAAGUGAAGCGUGACGCGCGUAUCGGAGAAGCGGAGGCCCGUUGCGAUGCGACAAUCAAGGAAGCGAUCGCCGAGGAACAACGGAUGGCGGCCCGCUUCCUGAACGAUACCGAGAUCGCGAAGGCACAGCGUGAUUUCGAGCUGAAGAAGGCCGUGUACGAUGUGGAGGUGCAGACGAAGAAGGCCGAAGCGGAGAUGGCGUACGAGCUGCAGGCAGCUAAGACGAAGCAGCGCAUCAAGGAGGAACAGAUGCAGAUUAAGGUGGUCGAACGUACGCAGGAGAUCGCCGUACAGGAGCAGGAAAUGCAGCGUCGCGAGCGCGAACUGGAAGCCACCAUUCGUCGGCCGGCCGAAGCAGAGAAGUUCAAGCUGGAAAAGUUGGCUGAGGCCAACAAAACGCGCGUCAUUCUCGAAGCCGAAGCCGAGGCAGAAGCGAUAAAGGUACGCGGCGAAGCCGAAGCGUUCGCUAUUGCGGCCAAAUCGAAGGCCGAAGCAGAACAGAUGGCUAAGAAGGCAGAGGCCUGGAGAGAGUACCGUGAAGCAGCGAUGGUGGACAUGCUGCUCGAAACACUGCCCAAGGUUGCUGCUGAAGUUGCGGCACCACUGUCACAGGCGAAGAAGAUCACUAUGGUGUCUAGUGGCAACGGUGAGGUCGGUGCUGUGAAGCUGACCGGUGAAGUGUUACAAAUCGUGAACAAGAUCCCGGAUCUGGUCAAGUCGAUCACCGGGGUUGAUAUUUCGCGGUCCGUACACGCUGGUUAA